CCUUGCCCAUCUUGACGAACUACUACCAAACAACAAAUCAAACGCACACAAGGUUCCUACAACCAAGGUAUUAAAGUUUGACAAAGUUGGCAACAGCACCUUCACAACAAUUCAACUAGCAAAAACAAAAAACCACAAAACAGCGAAUCGAGUAUCUCUAAUCAUCAAUCCAACUAAUGAUCCUCUUUGCCCGAUCUGCUACGCUAAAGAUAACAUGAUGUUAUUUGCAAAACUGGACAGAACUUGGGCCACAAAACAAUGGUUUAUAGCCAAACUAAAACAACUCAUUCUUCAUGAAUACGUAGCUGGUCAUAGCCUCCGAGCAGGAGAUACCACUGAAUUAGUUAUAAGGGGCGUUCAGUUAGUUCUUAUUCAAAAAAUUGGCAGAUAG